AACAACAAGAAGGAGAAAGUAGCAGCAGAACAGAAGCAAUCAAAAGACCCAAGGCCACAAGCUUGGGAAUCGUAAAAAGAAAAGGGAAAGAGAAAAUUUAUCAAUCAUGAAAAUGGUUCAAGAGGAAAUCAUCAGAAAGGGCCCAUGGACAGAGCAAGAAGACUUCAACCUGGUGUGCUUUGUGGGCUUGUUUGGAGACAGACGUUGGGACUUCAUAGCCAAGGUUUCAGGUUUGAAGGUGGCGGGAGAGAAAUAAUAGGUUUGAACAGAACAGGUAAGAGUUGCAGGUUAAGAUGGGUUAAUUACUUGCACCCUGGCCUCAAAAGAGGCAAGAUGACCCCUCAAGAAGAGCGCCUGGUGCUUGAGCUCCACUCCAAAUGGGGAAAUAGAUGGUCGAGAAUUGCUAGAAAAUUACCUGGGAGGACAGAUAAUGAGAUUAAGAAUUACUGGAGGACUCAUAUGAGGAAGAAGGCACAAGAGAAAAAGAGGGCUGCAUCCCCAUCAUCAUCUUCUUCCCACUGUUCUUCAUCCUCAAACAUCACCUCAACUGAAGGAGGAGCAAGCUUUUAUGACACAGGUGGGCUUGAAAUCAAGGCAUCAUCAGGAGCAAAGAAAACUGGUGGAGAUCAUCAGGAGCAAGAAGAUGAAAAAAAAAGGGACCAAAAGGAGUACUCACUUGAUGAUAUAUGGAAGGAUAUUAAUCUGCCAGAAGUGAACAGUAUUGAACCAGUUUACAAUGGCUAUAGUGAAGAAGCCUGCAACAUUAUUUCUUGCCCUUUAAUGGCUUCUCCAGCACCAUGGGAGUAUUGCCCUGACUCUCUAUGGAAAAUGGAUGAAGAGGAAAGUAAGAUGUUUCUCCCAACUACAAGUGACCAAUUUCUAUCCUGUUUUGAAUAUGGAAAAGCAUCUCUAACUGGCUGAUUGGGAUUUUAUUUAUUAAGAUUUGUUCAUAUGUGAAAUAGGGUCUUAAGGAAAGCUCCUCUAACCUGUAUAAUAACAUGGGUAUGAUCUCAGAUGAUCUCUAAGCUCUUUUUUUCUUCCUGAAAUCUGGGUCUGGUCUGCACGUCAGCUGCAGAUCACUUGUUUUUAUGCAUUACUUUACUCUAGUUCCUGUCCUCUAUAUCCUUGUGUGUGUUUUUCAAUUUUCAGUGAGGAAGAGAGAACUUCAAAUUUACCAUAUGAUGUUGUUGCUGUGGUAUGUCCAUGGAAGUAUGUUGUAUAUAUGUCUUUUGAGAUUUAA